AUGAAGGCUUCCGUUCUUGCUGUUACUUUGGCCUCGGCCAUUGCCGUCGAGGCCCACACCAUCUUCACCACGCUCUGGGUCGACGGCGUCUCGCAGGGCGACGGCGUCGGCAUCCGCAUGCGCAAGGAGCCCGAGAUUGCCGCCAACCCCAUCGCCCUCUCCGAUGACGCCAUGGCCUGCGGCUACGACGGCCAGUCCGGCAACCCACGUGUCAUCACGGUCAACGACGGCGUCAACCUCGGCUUCGAGUGGCGUGCCUGGGGCAGCAUUCCCAGCAAGGGCGCCAUCGACCCUGGCCACAAGGGCCCGUGUGCCGUCUACCUGAAGAAGGUCGACUCGGCCAUCAACGACACUGCCACCGGCGACGGCUGGUUCAAGAUCUGGGACGAGGGCUACAACGAGGCCAACGACCAAUGGUGCACGGAGAAGCUGGGCGGCCCCAACGGCGGCGGCGAGUACGAGCACAAGCUAUCCGUGAACCUGCCCACGGGCCUCGAGCCGGGGUACUACCUGGCGCGGCCGGAGUUGCUGGCGCUGCACAACGCGGUAGCGUCGCCGCCCGACCCGCAGUUCUACACGGGCUGUGCCCAGAUCUUCAUCAAGGGCACCGGCGACAAGAAGCCCAAGGACACGGUCUCGAUCCCCGGCGACGUCAAGUCCUCGGACAAGGCCGUCACCUUCAACAUCUACGACUCGCCGCUCAAGCUGCCCUACGACACGCCCGGCCCCAAGGUCGCGACGCUCGUCAGCGGCGGCGCGUCCGGCGGCUCGGAGACGACGACGCAGACCGAGGGACUGGAGCCCGACGGCUGCAUCAUGGAGAUGGCGGGCUGGUGCGGCUACGAAGUGCCGUCGUACACGGACGAGGCGGGCUGCUGGGCCUCUGGCCAAAAAUGCUGGGACCAAGUCGACGCCUGCUGGGACUACGCCAAGCAGCUCCCUACCACCGGCACGCCGUGGUGCAACACGUUCAACGACAAGUGCCAGGCCAUCGACGACCAGUGCAACGCCAAGAACUACAACGGCCCGCCCAACAAGGGCAAGAUCCUGACGCCGUCGAACCCGACCUCGGCCGUCGUCGCCGUCGCCUCGACCAGCAACUACGAGUCCAGUGGCAGCGCGGCCACGUCCGCCGCGGCUGUCGUCAAGGACGCUGCUGUGGCUGUGAGCAGUGCUAGUGCUGGGCAGCCGACCACGCUGGCGACGAGCUUUGUGCUUGCGGCCGCGUCGACCAAGGCCACUGUUGAGACCAGCCAGGCUACCCAGCAGCAGCAGGAGACCACCGCUACCACCGCCGCCGCCACUACUGCCGCGCCCGCCGGCGGCUUCCACAACCACGCGUACAAGCACCAGCACCAGCACCAGAACCAGAACCAGCAGAACAAUGACAAUGGCAAUGCCGCCGCCGCGCAGGUCCACACCGUCUGGCAGACCAAGUACGAGACGCGCUUCGAGACGCGCACUGUCUAG